AGCCGAGCCCAGUUGGCUCGAGGUUAGUUGACCAGGCCCAGGCUGGCGCUACUCUCUUUCGGCGGCUGCCGUGGCCGAGGUGGGCCGAUCCGCGGGCCCAGGCGAUGGGGGUGCUGGGGCCGCUCUGGCACUGGGCCGGCGAGCGUGGCGCUGUGGUCCUCCCGGGCCUGCUUGCCUGGCUGGUCGUCCUGCUGGUGACCUUCGACCUCUACUCGGUGCGCACGGAGGAGCUGAGCCGGCUGACGGAGCAGAACGGCCAGCUGUUCCAGGAGCUGCAGAGGCUCACGCAGCAGCGGGCCGCCGAGGAAGCCGAGCGGUUGGCCAUGGAGGGCUCCCCCCUCGCCCCCGGCGGCGCCCUGGCCCUGCCGGCCCCCGGCGACGAGGCGCCGCGGGGCUUGCUGCGGCAGCCCCUCCUGUCCAACCCGCGGCGGCUCGGCGCGCUGUACGGCGUGGUGUCGACGAACACGGCGUCCAGCGGCUGUUACUCCUUCUCGGCGUCCACCGACGCAGUCGUGAGCGAUGCGAGCUGCAUCGACAGUCAGCGCUGCCCCGCCUGCUUCAUUUUCACGGGGGCGUCUGCCGCCACGCUGAGGAUCGCGGGGUGCUCAACCGCCUACGUCGGUUCUACGCAGCUGUCGAACCAGCUUCUCGAGUACACCUUUGUCAACACAGACGCGUCGAACUCUCUGACCGUGGAGGCCCACGCCACAAGCGCGUUCGCCUCCGCGCUCACCACCGCGACGGUCGCCGCCUCCACGAGGACAACGGCCGACUGCUACACCGGCGGCUCGAACAAGCUGUUCUUCCAGGGCUGACGGGGGGUCGCGGCGCCCACUGGCGCGCAGCUUCCUGCGCUGCAGCAGGUGCGGAGGCCCGGCCCGAGGAGGAGGAGGAGGAGUUUGCGGCGCUCUGCGCCGCUGAUUUGAACGAGCCGCGGUUCCAGCCGCAUUGUAUAACACAGUCAGGGUGGCUUGUCCCCACCCUGCAGCGCCCGCGCAGUUUUCUGUGCAGGUUGCACUUAUUCUAGUGGGCACAGCUCGCUGACUCGUCGCUGUUCAGUCUACGCGUGCAUUCCUGUUCUUGCCGUGCACGCAUGCCUGCUCAUUUUAUAAAUCAUGACAACAGUGGCACCUUGUAUCCGUUAUGUGCUUUCUAAUUACGUGGUGCAGUCGACGGGAUGCAGUUUUUAAUCCACGCCUCGGGGCCGUCUGACCUGUCCUGUAGCCUUCUGGCUGCAAUUACCAGUAGUCGGGGCACGCAUGACCUGAGAACACCCCAACUCGUGCCUCGAGGCACAGAUGCGGUUCUUGAAGUUGUUGGAACAUGAUCUGAUGGUUCCGACAUGCGCGGCCGGGAGCGCGCGCGUGGCCUGCAGCGUACCAGUUCUAGCCAGCUCGCUGGAAGCGCGCUGGCAGAAUCAGAACGAGUGCUCUUCACAGCUUCGGCUGCAACGACGAAGGCGGGAGGGGGCGUGGAACAAGGGCCUGCCCGGACGCCGUGUGUUGAAGCGUCGUGGGGCACGAGCGCUCGUGCAGAGUACGCGUGGUAAGACACUCUCGCCGAGGUGGACCGUCAAGUCUGGCAGUGGCUGCGGGGGCAGAGCCCACGGCCAGCAAAUCUCUGGGACCUGCCGUGGCGCCCCGCGCGAGACGCGCCCUCCACGGCCCGGACCCCGCCCCGAAGACGCCAACGCCCUGCGCUGUUCCUCCCCGCCGCCCGCCCCGCGGGGCGGAGCGCUGCGCUGCCCACGCGCAGGGCACAGCGUGUCGCCGGG